AUGCUUGACGAGGGUGCCGAUGUUCGGGUGCUGGCUGAGGCAUUCAUGGUCAACGCCCGGCAUUGGCGCUCGCUGAAGGCCGGUCAAUGUACCCUGCCGGCCGACAUUGUUGAGUUCAAGAGGCAAGGCGAAGAUGACUGGUACGGACCGGGUCUGGUGGCAUGCUUCCAGCGGAUGGACCUCAUCAAUGCCCUCGACCGCAUGGAGCUGAGAGAGGGGCAGGCAUACCGCCCGAUGGACCGUACCUUCCCCGUCAGCUACUGCACGCAGCUGUCGGGCAGCUCUGUCGAGAUGGCCAUCGUUCUCGGCCCAGCGACCCUGCGAAACGGGAGCACAUCGCGGAGCAAGGUGGUGCCCCUCUACUCGGCGCGGCUGGCGAGCAAGAGGGACAUGAAGCGGCUCUUCCUGCUGCGCCAUCACAUCGUUGCCAACGUCAUCAGGGAGGAGGCCAUGCUGGAAGACUUCGUAACGCAGUUUGCCGGUGAACUGCCAGACCCGCGAGACGACCUCUGGAAGAAGCAUUACUGCGUCUGCAAGCGGAUCGACGACGGUGCCCAGUACGUCGAGUGCCACCAGUGCGCCAGGUGGUGCCAUCCGUCGUGUAUCGAGAUGGCCCAGCUCCCCGCGCAGGACGAGGCCUGGUACUGCUCCGAAUGUAGUAAGUCUGCACGAGAGGAGAGAAAGAGGAAAGGCGAGCAGGGAGGGCCUGACGACAACGACGACGACGACGACGACGACGACAAACGAGAGGAGGAGAAGAAGAGGAAGCGUGAACACAAGCAACAGCAGCAGGGGCAGCAGCAGCAGAAUGAGAAACAACGACCUGACACUCGGCGCCGCAAGCACAAGCGAGCAGACCGUGGCCAGCAACAUGACGAGGAAAUCGGCCCCGUACCACGCACCCACGGCGCUGGGGUGCCCAUUCGGCAGCUCGCCCGGACGAAAAGAAGCCAAGUGUGGCUGCUCAGGUCAGCAGAGGGGGACCUGCUGGUGCUCAAGUUGGUGCGGGACGUGGUCAAAGGCAAGCAGGAAGCCGGCAUUCUGAAGAGGCUCCAGGGAGUAACGCGGCACAUUCCCCGUUUCCUGACCUCGGGUCUGUUCGAGUGCGGCAAAGAAUGGUAUCAUGGUCUUGUGCUGGGCUGCAUAGAACACGAAGAGGCAUACCGCCAACCAGACUCCACAUUCGCUUCCUAUGUCUUCCAACUACUGUCGGCCCUACGGGAGCUCCACGAGCUGGGUGUUGUGCACCACGACAUCUCGCACAACAACGUUCUCUACAGCAUCCCGACUGGGGAGCUCACCAUCAUCGAUUUCGAAGUCGCGACGAACCGGCGGCUGGGCAGUACGUGGUCUGAGUUUGCUCCGGUGGGCACACCUGGGUACUUGGCCCCCGAGCUUCUUGACAGCUGCGGGUGGUGCCCACAAGUCUCCCACAAGAUCGACAUCUGGGCCGCCGGGGUCUUGAUCGCUUGGCAGCUGCUCAACGUGCCGAUGCCAGACGACCAAGUCAACCAGGAGGUUUCGCGCAUGUCGUUCGAGGAGGUGGCGCAGUGGGCGCAGGCAUCAGCUGGCCCAGCCUGCACUGUGGGACCGCAGUUGACGAGGGCGCGGUGGGGAUUAGUCACCCAGUUGCUGUGCAUCGAUCCUGAACGCCGGCUCGAUGCUGCGUCGGCUUGCCAGCUGUUCCCUUCGGCCUGGGGCACCACCCAACAACUGUAG